AUGACUGCUGAAAAUCGAAGCUUCUGUCAACUGAUUUGUCACAUCAACGUUCGAAUCGGAUGGACUAUAUUUGGAAUUGUCUUCGGAAUCUCUGCCGUUUUGACGUAUGCAAUUAAAUUCCAUAAUUGGUCAGCUACUGCAACAUGUGCAAUUGCCACGUUGUUCGCAUGUGAAACAUUAUAUCUGUACUGGGGAUUGAAGAAAAAUACAAUUGUUAAUUGGAAGGAAAGCACUUUUCAAUUGAUGAUUUGGCCAAAUGUCUUCAUUGGUCUACUCGGUCUUCUCGGAUGUCUUGUGUGUUAUAUUAUCGCAGGAAUCACUCAUCAGGGAGCUGGAUCAAUUCAAGCAAUGUACGGAGAAAAUCUAUGGUUCACUGGUUCAUGGAGUCUUGUGAUUACAAAAUGGACUUGGCAGAAUGCAUUUUUCGCCAGAAAAUAUUUGAAGAAAGUCGGCGGAGGAUCUUCAGAAAAUGGAGAUGAUUUGAAUGAUGACGAUGAUGUGGAAGUGAUUAAACAUUAA